AUGCCCAACAUCAAGCCGCCUCUACUCUUCCCGAAACGCGCGCCGGCCAACCCGUUGGCUAACAGACCAGAGUUCACCAUCCAGCCCCACCCGGCCAAGACCAACGACCCCCGCGACCUCCAGCGCGAGCUCGCCGGUGGUGGCCCCCAGACUGGCGCUGCCAACGUCUUCAACACCCCGGGCAUCCAGCUUCCCAACUCUGCCCAGGCUCAGAACCUCGAGCAGCCCAAGUCGCGCGAGGAGCUCCAGGCGGAAAUGAAGAAGCUCAACAGCUAA